UUCUGGCAACCAGAUUCUGUUGCACAAGUGAAAGCAGAAAUGACUGUUGAUUUCCGAAUUGAAGCAGACAAGUGUUCUGAAGUUGAGAGCGUUCUGCAGCAUCAUGGACUGAACUAUGAAAUUUUAAUUGAUAAUCUUCAGGCUGCCCUUGAUACCCAACUGGACAAUCGUGCUCGGACCACUGGAUACCAGUAUGAAAAAUAUAACAAGUGGGAAACGAUAAAUGCUUGGACAGCUAAUAUUGCCAGUCAAAAUCCAGGUCUUGUUUCCCGAUCACAGAUAGGAACAACUUUUGAGGGACGUCCAAUGCACCUCCUGAAGGUGGGAAAGCCUGGUCCAAAUAAAAAAGCUAUCUUUAUAGAUUGUGGCUUCCAUGCCAGAGAAUGGAUCUCGCCUGCUUUCUGCCAGUGGUUUGUCCGAGAGGCUGUCCGGACCUAUGGUAAAGAAACCCUUAUGACUCAGCUUUUGGACAACUUAGACUUCUAUGUCUUGCCUGUCUUGAAUAUUGAUGGUUAUGUCUACACUUGGACAAAGUCUCGCAUGUGGAGAAAGACUCGUUCUGUAAAUGCUGGCACUAGUUGUAUUGGUACUGAUCCCAACAGAAAUUUUAAUGCUCAAUGGUGCAGCGUUGGUGCUUCAAAAAGACCCUGUGAUGAUACCUAUUGUGGUAGUAAACCUGAAUCGGAAAAGGAGACCAAAGCUUUGGCUGACUUCAUUCGUAGAAACCGCUCAACUAUCAAGGCUUACUUGACCAUUCACUCUUACUCCCAGAUGCUGCUCUAUCCAUAUUCUUAUACUUAUAAUCUAACGCCAAACAAUGUAGAACUGAAUUCUAUUGCUAAAGCAGCCAUUCGAGAACUAGCAACACUGUAUGGCACCCAAUAUACGUAUGGGCCAGGAGCUUCAACAAUUUAUCCUGCUGCUGGUGGCUCUGAUGAUUGGGCUUAUGAUGAGGGUAUAAAAUAUUCCUUCACCUUUGAACUUCGUGACACAGGACGAUAUGGUUUCGCUCUUCCUGAAUCUCAAAUAAAGCCAACCUGUGAAGAAACCCUGAUUGCUGUUAAAUAUAUCGCUCGCUAUGUCCUUAAUCAUCUGUACUAA